CCUGCGCAACUUGCACGUUACGUACGACGUAGCCUCUUAGUUAGUGUGUCACGCUUGGCGUUCCAGUUUAACUUGUUCCAUGGCACGGUGUGGAACUCCAUGCUGAUUUUCUGACAAUCAGUACGAUUUGACUAUUUGUUUCAUUAAUUGAAAUUAAUCUUGAUUGAUUGGAUCGUUUGAAAUUUCUUAGGGCAACUUUUCGUGAAAUUGUAGUGGUUGUGGAGGAAAGAAGAAAAGUGUAGAUUGGUGAAUUUGUGAAGGAAAGACUUAGAGGGUGGUUUGUGAAGUUUUGAAACAGGGGUCGAUGUGCUUGAUGAGUGGAGAUUAACAUCAGGGAGUGGAAAGAAUUGAUCGUGGACGUAAGGUAUAGGUAAAGUCUUUCAAGCUGGGUGACAGAAGAGGAAAGCAUCGCAGGGUCAGAAUGGCAGACGAAAAUCAACAGGAGCAGCGUGUAUCAGAGGAGCGCAGGAUAAUCAGGCUAAUACCUUUUAUAAUGAAAAUUAUUGAAGUGGUACUGGCUGUGCUCGCGAUAGGAUUGAUAGUGGACCCACUGAACUCGUUCCAAAAAAUCCUAAUUAAGUCUCAGUUCAAAUUAGACGAUGCUGCGAUAAUUUAUAUUACAAUUGCUGGUUUCCUUAUAAUUAAUACACUUUUCAUUAUCUGCCAUUUGCUUGGUGAUAGGAUACCAAAGAGAACGCUGAUAUUAUUCUCCUCGGUGGGUGCGCUUCUACAUAUCGUCGCUGGAGGAGUAAUUGUCUAUGAUUGGAAGAAAACUAUGCGCCCUUAUUACAGCAACAACGAGCUCUAUCCGAGCAAACAGUACAUGGACAUGUUUAUAUCCGGGGCUGUGUUCACAUUCCUGAACGCUUUGGUAUUCAUCAUUGAAGUCGUCUUCAUCAUCAGAAACUCAACGAAGACCGUGGGAUAAAGAACAAUCAUUGAUUCUCCAAAGUUAGAAUAUAUUAAGUAAUUUGCAAAAACAUUUAUGUUACACCCAUCGGGUGUUUAGUUUACGGAGAUAUGAAAGAAAUUUUUCAUAUUAUGUAUAAUAAGUACUAGUAAUAUACAGUAGACUCUCGUUAUGAACAAGGAUAUUAAUUUAAAGUUAGGUGCAUAAUUUUGAAAUGAAAGAAUAAAUUUUAGAGGAACAGUGUAAAAGUUAGAAAAUGAAAAAUUAAAUUAAAAUUACAAAUAUGAUACAAUUCUGUCUCUCCUCUGAAAGCUUGAAAGCCUGAUCAAUUUUUCACUUCUGUAGCUCCUUCCACGACAAUAUAACGAGAGUCUACUGUACCACUUUCUUAUUUUAGUAACCACUGAAAGGGUUAAAAAAUUUUUAGAAAUAUAUAGACUGUGAAGAUAUAGAAAAUAUUAGAAAUGGUAUAAUUGAAAUAAGAAACACAAGUUAAUUAUUUCUGGGAACAAUAUUUUAUAUUUUGAGAAAUAGGAAUAUAAGAUUUUUGAAUCUAAUGUCCACCAUAUGUGUUCUAGAAUUUUGAAAAAUAAUUAGAUGUAGUGUAAAAUGAAAGCCCAAAGUUAUUAUAUAGAAGUGAUUAGUUUGUAUAAUUGAAAGUUAGCUAAAUGUUGUAACGUUAAUUCUAAGCCCCGAUUCCGUCCAGUUAUUGUUUUUUAUUAAAUAAGAAUAAUAUAUAAUAAGUAAUUUUAAGAGAUAAAAUUGAAUAGUACACUUAGUUUUAUUAUAAUUGUUAUAGAGUAUGUAAAAAUUUUUAAAUUAUCUUCGUGUUUUAAUAUGUAGCUAGAAAUUUAGUAAUUAAGAAUUCUGUUAAAACUAAUUCCCAAAGAUAGUCAAUGUAAUAACGUGAAUUUCCACCGAAAAUAUAAACUUUUAAUAAUAUUAUUUUACUAUUAAAAGCGUAUUAGUGUAGCAUUAAUUACAGUAGAAUUUAUUUUUGAUUAUUUCGUAAUUUUAUAUAUACUUUACAAUUAUAUGCAGUGCAAACUUCAAUCUCAGAAUUGCCAUGAAUAUUGUUAGAUUAUACUUUCUCGUAGUAUCUAUUAAUUAUAAUUUCGAUUGUUAUUAUCAUUCUUACGUUAAAUGUAGAAAUGAAAAAUUAAAAUGUGUCUUUAUCAAAAUAAAUUCCGUCCAAUUUUAUAUUAGAAUAAAAGCAACAUACAUUAAUCAAAGUAUUGUAAUAAAGAAAUUAUUCAAUUGUGUUAUUUUGUAAGAUUAAUAUACAAUUAUUAAUAAAUUAUAUGUAUACAAAUCUAAGGGUGUUAUUAACGAUGGAAUAACAGAUG